AUGGAUAAUAAAUACGUUGACAUUGCAGAACAUUUGAUAGAACAAAGACAAACAAUGAAACAAUCUGCUUUCAAUGCAAAAGUCAACAAACUCACAGCACUUUUAACUAACAAAAUUGAAGAAAUUCAAAAUGAAAUUAAUAGAAUUGAGCACAAAUCUUCUGUUAUUUCCAAAAAGGAAGAAACUGAUGUUCAAAACAUUGGAAAAGAGUACCAAAUGCUUCAAUUACUUACAGCUUUGGCAAAUAAAUAUGAAUCACAAUUAAGAACAUCAACAUCUGAACAAAAAAGAUUACAAGAGCUUAAUGAUUUUGAGAAUGUUAUAAAAGGAAAAUACGCACAUCAAUCUUUGCGUUUGAAAAAAGUCAAACAUCACAUUGCAGUUAAAAAGAAACAAUUAGAAGAUGAAUCAAGAAUAGAUAUGCCAAAAAGAAAAGCUAGAAUCGCCGAAGAAAAGGAAAUACUCAUAAAAUACCAAAAUUUCAUCAAAGCUGAAAAAAGAUUAGAUUUUAACCUUAGAAUAUCGGAAACAGAGAAUAAUAUAGCUAAUAUUCAGCAAGAAAUCGACCGAAUAUCCAACGCAAAUGUAGAACUUAAACAUGAACUUGAAAAUAAGCAAAACAUGAAAGAUGUCGUUGCAAAUGAUAUAUCCCAAUUCGAGAAUACGGUUAAUUCCAAUGUGCAACAUAUCAAUGAUACAAAGGAAAUACUUGAAAAAGAAAAUUUACAAAUUGCCCAAAAUAUUUCAAACCUCAAAAGAGAAAUAUCAAAUUUAGAAAAAGAAGCUGUUGAGCUCGACUCUAUUUAUAGUUUUACCAUAAAUAUGAAGAAUACUCUGGAUAAAGGUCAUAAACUAGCUGAAAUCAUUCAAGAACAGGCUUCUUUGGACUUAAAAACUUAUUGUUGUUAUUAUAUAUUAUGUUGA